AUGGGUAUUGAAGAUGGUCGUGUUCAAGACUCUCAACUUUCGGUUUCGUCCUAUAUUAGCCAAAAUCUUGAUGCAAAAUCAUCUCGUCUUAAUACGCCGCGAGCUUGGCGAGCUGAUUUGGGAGACAGCAAGCCAUGGAUACAGGUUGAUUUCUUGCGGCCUGUGACUGUGACAAAGGUCAUCACACAAGGUCGCGAGGAUUCUGGACAAUGGGUGAAAGAAUAUAGGGUGAGGUCCAGGAUUGGUGAAGGUACAUGGACUUCUGUCUCGGAUUCAUCGGGUGCCCCAAAGGACUUCACUGGUAACAAAAAUGAUAAAUCACCUGUCACUCGUGAUCUUCCAAGCCCAGUAACAAAUCAGAUUUUUCGUAUUACUGCAAGAACGUGGAGUAAAUACUGUACUAUGAGAUUUGAACUUGUUGGCUGCUAUCCAGGCUGUCGAGAUAGGGCAGCCCUUGGUUUCGAGAACGGCCUCAUCCAAGAUUCUCAAAUAACUGCAUCCUCCUUUUCGUCGUCCCGUACAACUCCGCAAUUAGCAAGAUUGAAUCAACAAAUCUCUGGUCGUGAUCUGGAUGGCUGGCGUGCUGCCCCAGCCGAUUCGGCGCCCUGGCUCCAAGUCGAUUUUAUAGCCAAGGUCAUUGUGGAAGGUGUACAAACGCAAGGACUCGUGGACACUGUUAUGUUUGUGAAAACGUACGAACUACAUUAUAGCGAUGAUGGCUACAGUUUUAUCGGAUAUAAUGAAACUCAAGGAGCACCCAAGGUGUUCAGUGGUAAUACUGAUAGUUCAACAGUUGUCCAAAAUGAAAUAUCACCAACCAUUGCACGGUAUUUUCGCAUAAAACCGUUAACAUGGGAACAUCUCUGCGGACUUCGAGUGGAAUUUAUUGGAUGUUACAAGGACUGCGUGUCGUCAAAGGCUCUUGGCUUAGAGGACGAGACUAUAGAGAAAACGCAGCUGAUGUCGUCGAGCAGUAAGGGUGAUCGCUAUUCCAAAAAGUACGCUAGGCUCAACUCUAACGACUGUUGUGGAUGGCAACCAAAUGAAUCAGACUUAGACCCGUGGUUUGGAGUUGAUCUUCUAAAAGACGCAUUGAUCAGUGGUGUGGCUACGCAAGGAGACGUAAGCCAUAAAUUGUGGACGAAAAAAUUUAAGUUCUCGUACAGUACAGAUGGAGAGAACUUCGCGUUUUAUAAAUUCAACGGUGCCGUCAAGACUUUCCAGGCUAAUAAUGAUGCAAGUUCCGUCGUCAAACAUAAUCUCCCUUCACACAUUUAUGCUCAAUUCGUCCGUUUUCACCCGGUAUCGUGUAAUCAAGCGUGUGUCUUGAGGGCUGAGAUAUACGGCUGUUUUGACGGGAUUGACAAUUGUGCAUCAGUCACGUGUCGGAAUAACCAAAGUUGCACCGACCAGUGGGAUAAUUUCAAAUGCGAAUGUUCGUCAUAUUAUCGUGGAGAUCUAUGCGACAUAGUAUGUCAAGUUGAAGAAGAUCUUGGUUUAGCGGAUGGAAACAUUAGCGAUUCUCAGAUAACAGCCUCUUCUGUAUUCUCUGCCUCGUAUCCUGCGAGUGCUGUAAGAUUGGGCACCGCAGAAGACGGCUGGCGUCCUGGGGAGAAUGAUUACAACGCCUGGUUGCAGGUGGAUUUUGAAGAAAGCGUAAAAAUUUCAAUGGUUAAAACCAAAACGCCGAAUGAAAUGGGGUACUUUCUUAGAACCUUUUCCGUUAGCUACGGAGACGAUGGCAUAAACUUUGCAGAUUACCAAGAAGAUGGAAGAAAGAAGGUGUUUAUUCUGUCAUGUGCUAAUUGA